AUGAGAAUUUUCCCGUUCCGUGGUGGUGGCCCCGUCAUCUGGGAUGUCACAUGCUGUGACACCUCAAGCGGCAACCUGGUGUGUGCAGCAGCCGACUCAGGGAUUCGCUCUGCUCGUCAGACCGAGAAGGGUAAACUGUCAAAGUAUCGGCCGCUUUCUGAUAGAUUUGUGAUCGAGCCUGUGACAGUGGAGACCUCCGGCGUUGUAGGCCCUCAGGCCACAUCCCUGCUCGCUACUAUCGAGGCUGAGAUGGCUAUCCGCAAGUACGAGCCUCAAGCCGUGCCACUUCCAUCAAACAUUCUGGAAUGGCAUUACACAGUGGUAGGACCAGAAAAUUCUCCAUAUGAAGGUGGAAUGUAUCAUGGGAAGUUAAUUUUCCCACGAGAAUACCCAUUUAAACCACCCAGUAUAUACAUGCUGACUCCAAGUGGCCGUUUCAAGUGCAAUACUCGAUUAUGUCUAUCAAUCAGUGAUUUUCAUCCCGACACCUGGAACCCAGCCUGGUCAGUCUCCACUAUCCUCACAGGGCUUCUCAGUUUCAUGUUGGAGAAAAGUCCAACUCUGGGCAGCCUAGAAACUUCAGAUUAUACAUGUUUAAAGUCCAUUUAUCCUCUUCUGCAGAAUAUCCGCCGUGAACAGAAGCUUCAACAACAAAACGCAUUAACUGCAGAACAGUCCGAUGGUAACACAGCUAAUGGUAACACAACAAACAGUCCUGUACAGCUGAGACCGAACUGUAGCAGUGGCUUCAGCAAUGCCGUCAUUAAUCUGUUGGUUGUUGUCGUCUUUGCAGCCUUUGCCUACAUUGUGAAAUAUGUUCUUACUAGCGGACUGGAGUAAGCGUCAGUGGAAAAAAAAAAAGCAACUUGCCUAUGGACAUGUGUAUUUCUUUACUCCCUCUGGCCCCACCCCCUCUCGCUCUCUCUCUCUCCUUCAAAAACUCUCUCUUUCUUUCUUUCCAUCUCUAACUCUUCCAGUUUCCUGAUACCCUGUCUGAUUUUUCUACACUCAUUCAUAGUGUUCUAUGCUCUCUCUCUCUCUCUCUCUCUCUCUCUCUCAUGUAUUAUCCUACAGACACACACACACACACACGCAUAUAUAAUGAUACAAAAUGUAGAUAUAUGAAUGUGUGUUUAUGUGGAUGGCAGUGGGGGUUGUCUAGUAGAUGUAUAUAUGAGACAUAUACAUGUUAUAUAUAUGCAUAUAUGUGUGUAUGUGGGUAUAUAUAUGCAUAUAUGUGUGUAUGUGGGUAUAUAUAUAUAAUGUAAAUGUAUGUAUAUAUGUUUAUGUAUGUGUAUAGAUAUGUAAAUGUAUGUAUAUAUGUUUAUGCUUGUGUAUAUAUAUAUAUAUAUAUAUAUAUAUGUAUGUAUAUAUAGCUGUUACUAUAUAUGUGUGUAUAUAUAUAUGUAUAUAUAUGUGUGUACAUAUAUAUAUAUGUGUAUAUAUAUGUAUAUAUGUGUGUGUGUGUGUGUGUAUAUAUGUGUAAAUAUAU